AUGGAAGGCCAGGGUAUGGGUGGUGGUCAGGGAUCUGGGUCAGCGUCUGCGGCGUUUAGAGUGUGGUUGGCUGUUUCAGAGUUGCUGGCAACCGUGAUAUCCUUCUAUCGACCAUCGGCGGGUGUAACCAGCGGAUGGGAGGAAGGGUUUCCCGCAUUCGAGGACAUAGUGGGUGAGGCUGGACAAGGGGAUAUGGAUUUUGCUACACUCGGUUUCCUAGAACUCUACUACCACUCCGUGGCAAUCCUCUCCCACCGCUCCACCCUCUCCUCAACCCCAGACACCACCACAAAACUCUCCUCAAUCCGCCAAGGUCUCGCCGCAAUCCGCAUCCACUCCAUCGUGGCCACCGAAUGCGCGGGGAAUCUCCUACCCCCACUACCGAUCGUGGCGUAUGCGAUUUCGUUGUCGAUGGGGGUGUCGUAUCGACAGUUACGGUCUAGUCGGUUGAUUACGCAUUUUGAUCGGGCCAGGGCUAGUUUGGAGGGGUGUUGUGUGCUGCUGGAGGGUUUGGGGGGUGAGUGGUUUUCUGCGGAGGCUAUGGCCAAGUUGGGAAGGAGGGCUUUGGGGCAGAUUGGGGGUGAACGUGAACAUCAGCGUGAGACUGAGUCUGGGAGUGGUCAGGGUGGAGGAGGUAUUCGUACUGCCGUGGGUGGUAGUAGCAGUAGCACUUUGGAGUCUGAUAACGGUCAUAACAGCACUGCCCCGAUGGUAUCGGUGGUCGAGGUGGGGGCGGAGUCUAGUUCAAGGGCUCCAGGUGAGAUGGACUCGACGCUGGCAUCAGUACCAGAACCAGUACAGCCACCAGUAUCAACGGGUGUUGAGAGUGAAGCUACUGGGAUGGGUGAUUUGGAUAGUAGUACAAUGAUGCAUGGGUUUGCAGAUAUUGAUACGUUAUUUGGGGAGUUUUUGGAUAUUUCGCUGCCGACGAAUUUCUGGGAUCCGAUUUUUGUUGAGGAUGAUUUGAAUCAUAGUGGGUGA